AUGAUCAAGAGACAGUCCCCAGACCCAUCCUUGCAGCACAGCGUAGUGUCGCUGUGGGUGCCUGGCCCGUCGGCUUACGACUCGUACGGUUCCGCGUCUACACUGAGCGACUUCGAGCCCACAAAAGACGUCGAGCUGGAGGUCCAUUCAGAGGCCGCAGCCGCGCAGACGCUAGCGGCGCCGCGUGGGGUGCUGGCAGACAACGCAGAACUGCCACCACCCCAAACCGUAGACGGCAGCCCGAACAGUCCUUUCGACUUCCCGCAGAUCAGCCCGGAAGAUCUGGACCUGGCGUUUGGGGGUGACGGGCACGUGGCAGGAUCAGGUGAUGGCGCCGAAUUGGAUCCAUCACUGCAGCUCUUGCUGUUGUCGCCAUUCGUGCCUAGCCCGCCGGCAGCUGACUCGGCCACGUUGGCAUCUACAGUGAGCGCCCAUGGUGCUGCCGGCGAUGUAGAACAGGAAGUCAGUACAGAGGCCGCAAGCCUGCCGAACCCCGAGGCGCCACAUCGAGGACUGACAGCCAACGCAGAAGAGUCGCCAUACCAAAACAUGGAUGGCAGCCCGACCAGCCCUUUCGAUUUGCCGGAGACACUUCUGCACGCUCUGGAGCUGGCUUUUGGGGGUGACGGGGACGUGGCAGGAUCAGGUGAUGGGUCGGAACCGGGGCAUAAGUGGUUCUCUUGCCCAAUCAUGUAG